AUGCCUCUGGGAAAACCUGCCCCCCUAAACAAGCGGAAAAAGCUUGCCAAGAUCAUAACUGACCUAUCACAUAUCACUCAAGAUGAGUAUGAGUCAGAGCCAGAGGCGUCUGAGUUUGACCUGGGAACAAAGAUCAUGACCCCCAAAGACAUCAUGCUGGAAGAGCUUUCCCUGAUGAAGAACAAGGGCUCCAAGAUGUUCAAGAUGAGGCAGCAGAGGGUGGAGAGGUUCAUCUGGAACAACCCUGACAUCUUCAGCAGUGAGUCCAUGGACAACCUGCAGAAGUUUGUCCCAUCUCUGGGAGGUGAGAUGGGAGGGCAGAUUGGAGGUCAGAUGAUAAAUGUUGGAGGGCAUUUUGUAAGCAAACAACCUGGAAAGGUGCAUAUGGUUGGGAUGCACGGCAUAGGAGGGGCCCCUAUUCCUCCUCCAAAGCCUGGAAGCAAAGGUGCAGGUGGGGCAGGGGGUGCAGGAGGACUUGGUGGCGGCGGUCAAGGAAGUGGUGGACUAGGAGAAGGAGGGAGCGAGAGUUCAUCACUAAAAGGUACAAGACAGUAGAAAAGUGCUUUAAGUGGCGCAAGUAAGACGCAGCUUCUUAUGAAGACAUACGUUUCACCAUGGGAGAAGGCCAUGAAGGGGAUGAAAAAUCUGAUAGCCACUUUGAAAGGCUCAAUGCCAGGUCCCAUUGAAAAAGACAUACCAAAGUACAAGUCCUUUAACAGGUCUGCCAUGCCAUUUGGUGGUUUUGAGAAAGCCAACCAGUUCCUGAAAUUCCAGCUGCCAGAGGCUGAGGCAAAACAGGAGCCUGAACCCGCAGUGGUGUAUCAACAAGACAUCGGCUGCAGGCCUUCUUUCAACCGCACUCCGAUUGGCUUGGGAAGUAGUGAGCCCAGCAGUAUCCAUAUGGAGACCGAUGCCGUGCCCUUUGAUGGAGAGACCGACGAGCUGUGAAAAAUUAUUCAUACUUUGAUAACACCCACUGCGUAAACACAUCUGUACACUAAGGCCACAAGAUUGAAUGCAUUCAUACACAUAAGCACUCAUUCACACACUAGUGAGCUUACCAUUAACUGUAAUAGUGAUUAAUUAGAAUCUCUCAGUGUGCAUGACUGAAAGCAUCAAUAAAAUGUGGUUAUGUUCUUA